AAGUGGUAGAGGAGAGCAUCGGUCGGUAGAGUUGAGUCUCGGAGCCACUAGUUCCUCCUCUGAUAGAAUAAUAAUAAUAAUAAUAAUCCAGAAUGUCUAAGAACACGGUGUCAGACCGCUUCCGGAAGGUGGACGUGGAUGAAUAUGACGAGAACAAGUUCGUGGAUGAAGAAGAAGCAGGAGACAACCAGGGGGGACCGGACGAGGCGGAGGUGGACGGGCUGCUCAGACAGGGGAACAUGAAUGGAGCUCUCCAAGCCGUGCUGAAGAACCCACCACUCAACAACAAGAACCAGAACGCCAAGGAGCGGGCGGAGGUGCUGGUGGUGAGGGUGCUGAGCAGCUUUAAGAGCAGUGACAUAGAGAAAGCUGUGGGUUCUCUGGAUAAAGGAGGAGUGGACCUGCUGAUGAAAUACAUCUACCGAGGCUUCGAGAAGCCCACCGACAACAGCAGCGCCGUGCUGCUGCAGUGGCACGAAAAGGCGCUGGCGGUGGGCGGAGUGGGGUCCAUAGUAAGGGUCCUGACUGCCAGGAAGACCGUCUGAGUCCGUCUGCAGCCACAUCAGACCGUAGACCACCAGAGUACAGCUUCCUGUUUUUGGACAUGAUUUCUCUUUAUUUUUCUACUGAAGCUCCUCAAGUUUCUCCUCAUGCAGUUUUUUUCCUCAUGUUUUUCUGCGUCCACUGUUUUUGAGUCGUACCUCUGGGAUCUGUUAGAUCUGUUAGAUCUGUUAGAUCUGUUAGAUCUGUGAUCUGUUAGCCAGGCGGGGUGCUGGCACCUCACUGUCUGAGUGGCUCCAUGCAGAGAAAACACACAUUCAGACGCUUCAGACGGACAAACGCUGUCCCAACGCCUCCUUCCUCCUCUCAGACGGCUUCAGUGCUGCUCCUCCUCCUCCUCCUCCUGCUCCUCCUCCUCCUUCUCCUCCUCCUCUUCCUCCUCCUCCUCCUCCUCCUCUCUGAAGCCUCUGACUCAUCCAGGUUGAGGAAAUGGAAAAGCUUGUUCCUGUCACAGACUGGUGACCGCUCCUGUUUCGCCCCAGUGCAUGCUGGGAUGGGAGUGAUUUUCUUUUCCUCUUUAUCUUUUUAACUUUGUGAAACUCUUUGUUUAUUGACUCUUUUUUUCUACUUGCACCACAUUGUUGUGUGUAGCCUGGCGUUCAGGUUAUUCUGCUUAUGUUGAUUUUUAUAUCUGAAUAAAACAACAAAAUAAAAUACUCAAACUGAA